UCUGUAAAAUUGUCAUCUUACUUACAUAAAUAUAACUAAAGCUAGUUAUUCUGAGAUAAACAUACAUAUAAUCACAUUUUUAAUUUCCCAUACAUAGUUGUAUUUAUUAAAGGUGACAUAUUUAAACACAUAUAUUUUGGCGAGUUAACAAUAGAAAUAUGAUCAGUGGGAACAAACCAGCACAAAAAUUAUUGUUUAUUUGUUCAUCGUUUACUUGCAUUUAUUUUCCAGGCAUAUUAAUAUUAUUGAAAAUUAAUGGAACAUUGUAUAAUGUUGGCUCGUACAAAUUUAUUCCUAUAUUAUUGAUAUUGAUGUUUGCUGAAGUGAUAAAAGUAAUCUUCUCUUUGUUACAAAGAGAACCAGUGCUUAUUACCAAGAUAGAAACUAAAACAUCAAAAAGUAAAAGAUCAAGGAUAAAAUAUAUUAAAGAAGGUUUUAAAUUUGUUAUCACAGGCAUUAUAUUGUCAAUCAUUUAUUAUUUCCUUAUUAUUAUAUUCGGUGCGCCAGUUUUUAAUCAGCAAGAAGAAACCACCAUGCUUACAAUAAUAUUAACGUGUUUAACAUUUGUUCCUGCUAGUUUACAUUUAGGAGUAAAUACAACGGUCAAUAUUUUAAUAGGAGCAGAAACACAAAAAGAGAAUGUACUUAUCAAUGCUGCUAAAAUUGUUAUAAAAACUACAUUUUUGGGUACUUGGUUAGGUGCUAUUGUAAUUCCAUUAGAUUGGGAUAGACCGUGGCAAGUAUGGCCUAUCCCUUGCGUAAUGGGUGCUCUUCUUGGUUAUACAAUUGCACAUUUUAUCAUUGUUUUUAAGACUCUACCUACAUUGAAACAAAGUAAAAAGUUUUAAAUAACUCCGUAUGUUUAUCGACUCUAACAAAAUUAUGUAUUAAACUAGAAGCAAGAGGUACAUUUAUAUUUGUUAUAACAAGUACAAAUGUAUUUAUGUAAAUAUUAUUAUAAGUUGCAUUUAUAGAAAUAAUGUAAGAUAUCAUACCAUCCCACCUAUUCUUGUAGUAUAAUCAUUUAAUACAAUCAAUCAUCUAACAACACCCUUCAUGUAUUUUAUUAUUUUAUCAUAUAUGUUUACAAAUAUGUAUAUAUAAUAAUCAUUAUAUAAAGAACGAAAGAAGAGGAAGAGAAAAAAAAAAAAGAAGAAAAUGCACCACAAUCUUAUGUUUAACUGAUUUUUAUUAGUGAAAAAGCUUCCGUUAACCGACUGAUUACAUUCACUUUAUACAACAAAUACGUAGUUCCGUAACGUUAAUUACGGUUUGACGGGUGUUAAGUGUUCGGCAUGUAUCAAUGAAUAUCAUAGAUAUUACACGAUUUUAACGCGUGAGUAAAGAACGAAAUGUCUUUUCCUUCAUAUGGGUAUAUAUGUAUGAUCAAUCGUGUUUCGUGUAUAUAUAUAUGUAUGUGCGCGUGAUGUAUGUGUGUAUAUGUGUACCCAUUUAUCAGCCGCGCGUGUAUUGGUGGGUGCUUACAUACGUGCAUGCACGAGAAGAGAUAUCCUUACCAAAAAAUGAAAUAAUGCUAUGAGAAAGACGAUUUAACGAUCGUCCAACUUGUAUUUUGACUAUCGUCUACAAUAAGACUAACAUCGUCUUUUA